AUGGUGGAAGAUCCUUCGAUCCAACAUCUUAUCUCUUGGGCCCAGGAGGGGGACAUGUUCUACGUAUACAACUGCAUCAAAUUGUCGGAUACCAUCCUGCCAAAGUUUUUCAAGCACAACAACUGGCAGAGUUUUGUCCGCCAGUUGAACAGUAAGUAG